UUGGAAAUUGUGCUUCGAAGGUUUUCCGUUAUAUUGCCGAUUUUUCGUAAUCGGCCGAAUAACACUGUCAGUUGAAUCCCCCGAAGUGCGUGGAAUGGUCCAUUUUCAGUUUCUUCAUUGGAUUUCGGAUUAAAAACAAUCCUUUUAAAACAAUAAUUCGCAUUCAUCUCUAUAAUAUAAAUAAAUCUAAUCCAUGCGUAUGCAAACUAGCUAUGGAAUCUACCAACAUUACAACAUGUUUAUCAAUGAUGUAUGAUACCCUAGCAUGACAAUAGCCUGCUCUAAGGAAUUGCUAAGAGUAAGAUGGCGGACGACGAAAAGGACCCGAUAGGGGAAUCGGAUCAGCAAAACGUCGUUGAAAAGGAUAUUUUUGUUAAUGGCGAUGCAGACGAUAAACACGAGGAGAGUGAACCAGAACCGUGCAGUUCACUAAAUAUUCCCGAGCAGGUUUUACCUCGACGCAGCAGCCUGAUGAACAAGGAUGGAGCUGGGAGACGUCCUCAGCGGAAGAAGACUGUAUCUUUCAGUAGCAUGCCUACUGAACGGAAAAUAGCAACCGCUCAAGACUGUUUGGCGUACAUGCAGACCGGAAGUGACUUGAUAAAGGUUCGCUCCAACAGUCGGCAGUAUCACCGCUUCUUCACGCUUGGCAGCGACAUGACUGAGAUUCGAUGGCAGCCCACGUCGAAGAAACCGCACAAGGCUCGCAUUGCUGUGAAUACCAUAAAGGAAGCAAGGCAGGGUAAAACGACGGACGCGUUACGGAAUAAGGAGAUUGCGGGAAUUUACCCCGACGAGUGCGCAUUCUCGAUAAUAUUCGGGGAGGAGUUUGAGUCGAUGGAUUUGAUUGCCAACACGCCAGAUGAGGCCAACAUCUGGGUGACCGGUCUCACCUGUCUCAUCAACGCCAACACCAAGUCUAACUGUUCAAAUGCAAUAGAAGAAAUGCAACAAAUGAGAAAUUCGUGGUUGCUAGAACUGUUUGAGAAGGCCGACUCACUCAACUCCGGGGUCCUUGAUGAAAACGAAGUCGUUAACCUGAUGCGUAAAAUCAACGCAACCGUCACCAUACCAGUCAUAUACCAGAAGUUAAAGGAGUUGGAAAUUAAGCGUGGUGAUGGUAAACGAGGUCGACUAACGAGUGAUGAAUUCAUAUCUCUUUUCAAGGAGAUCUCGACACGGCCAGAAAUCUAUUUUCUUCUUGUUAGGUACGCAAGCAAUGCAGAUUAUAUGUCAACAGACGACUUGUUACUAUUUUUAGAAGCAGAGCAAGGGAUGCAAAGAGUGACGAAAGACAAAUGUCUGGAAAUAAUCAACAAUUUCGAACCCUCCAAAGAAGGAAGAAGAAAAGGACAGCUUGGAAUAGACGGAUUUACUGCAUACCUGCUGUCUACAGAAUGUGAUAUUUUUGACAUGGAACAUAAAACAGUGUGCCAAGAUAUGACCCAGCCCCUGAAUCACUACUUUAUAGCAAGUUCUCAUAACACGUACUUGUUAGAGGAUCAGCUGAAAGGCCCGUCUAGCGUCGACGGUUACAUAAGUGCUCUGAGGAAGGGAUGUCGGUGUGUCGAAUUGGACUGCUGGGAUGGUCCGAACGACGAGCCGAUCAUCUACCACGGUCACACGCUGACGUCCAAGAUCUCCUUCAGAUCAGUUGUGGAGGCCAUCAAACAAUACGCUUUCGAAGUCUCUGACUAUCCUGUGAUAAUAUCGAUAGAAAACCAUUGUAAUAUCAAACAGCAGCAGGUUAUGGCGGCCUGUCUGAAGGAGAUCCUGGGUGACAAGCUCUGCGUGGAACCCAUCCCAGAAAACUUACAGUGUGCCCCCUCACCUGAAGAUAUGAAAAGUAAAAUACUGAUCAAGGGGAAGAAACUCCCUAUAAACUCGGACUGCAACGAGGGCUAUGUGACGGACGAGGAUGAGGGGGCCGAACCCGAUAAGAAGAAAAGCAAUAAGAGGGAAGGCUCGGUGAAGAAGCAGAAACUGGCCAAGGAGUUGUCUGACAUGGUGAACUACUGUGUGUCGAGGAGGUUUGAAGAUUUCCAGAUCUCGCAGCAACACCAAAAGUUUUGGGAGAUGUGUUCCUUCAGCGAGUCCCAGGCCCUGAAACUGGCGAUGUCGUGUCCGGAGGAAUUUGUCAACCACAACAAGCACUUCCUGUCUCGAAUCUACCCGAACGCCAUGCGUAUCGACUCCAGUAACUACAACCCUCACGACCUCUGGAACUGUGGAUGUCAAAUGGUGGCAUUAAACUACCAAACAGCCGGUCUGAUGAUGGAUCUGUACGACGGCUGGUUCAAUAAGAACGGAGGCUGCGGCUACGUGUUGAAACCCGCCAUAAUGCGAGAGGAAAUCGCCUACUUCAGUGCGAACACACGGGACGUUAUUCCCGGAGUGUCACCACAGAUUCUUCAUAUCAAGAUAAUCAGUGGUCAGAACUUCCCUAAGCCGAAGGGUUCGGCCUCGAAGGGCGACGUCACAGACCCGUACAUACGGAUAGAGAUCUUUGGGAUCCCUGCAGACUGCGCAGAGGAGAGGACGAAAACCAUGCCACAUAACGGCUAUAACCCAAUAUUUGAUAUGAGUUUUGAGUUUCAAGUGAACCUUCCAGAGCUGGCUCUUGUUCGUUUCGCUGUUCUAGAUGACGAAUAUAUAGGAGACGAAUUCAUUGGGCAAUACACCAUUCCCUUUGACAGUAUGUUGACAGGUUACCGACACAUACGACUGUUAUCUAACACCGGGACACCUCUCUCCAACUGUACUCUGUUUGUCCACGUCUCAAUAACCAACAAACGAGGAGGAGGGUCUUCCAAGAGAGGUUUGUCGAAGAAGACGAAGCGAUCCCGAGAUUACACCAGUAUGAAGUCCAUCGGAGUGAAGAGCAUCGAUGAAACAUUCAAAGUUGCUAUUCAGCCGUUACGAGAAGGAACCGAUCUCCGUGACAACGUUCAGUUCGCUCUGUCCAAUUUCAAAGAGAAAUGUGGUCUGUCUCCUAUCGCUAACAUCAAACAGUGCAUCCGUCUCCUAGCAACGCGGAUACACCACACUGUAGAGCACGUCACACUGACGUACAUAAUGAGAGGCGAUUAUCCAUCACUGGAAGCUCAAGGCACACUGCCGGAGAUUCACAAGAAAGCGUUGCUGUCGUUUGACGAUUUCAUAAAUGAAUGCAAAGUACUAAUUGAGACGUCAGACCUUGUUUAUGAAAAGUUACUGCACUGUCAGCGAGCGGGCAUGGAAUGGCAUGAAGAGUUGGAAAGUUACUGUACUCAGGCCGGACUAAGGGGAAAGAAAGUCACAAAGGCCAUUGAGAACUUUGCGUGGAAUAUCCGUGUGUUGAAAGGUCAGGCAGAUUUACUACAGCAGUGCAAGAAAGAUUGCAUGGAAUAUAUUCGACAGAUAAAGGAGGCAGCCGUGUCAACAGGUCUCUCCAAGGAGACACCGGACCAGUGCAACAAUGUGGAGCCUCUCUCUGAGGUGAAGGACGACGUCUUCAUGCCAGACGACGUUGCUGCUGUGGAGACAGUCUGUGUCUCGUCUGACAGCUCGUCAUGAUAACGAGACGACAGGCUCUACCACAUGUCAAAGGUUCAGUGUGAAUGGAUGCCUUAUUGAAGGAAACGGCACAAUGCUCACAUACUGCAGUGCACAGGAAGGGAAAUUUACCACUGUCCGCUAUGGAACAAUUAUAGGUGGUGUGAGAUCCUGCAUGCUGCUCAGUGAAGACAGCAUCCGCUCAUGAAGUCAGACCCCCUGUCGAUUCGAGCCCAAAGGAAUGAUAUCUGAAAGGGGGUGGGAGGUUUACAAACUCUAGUGUGGGGCAAGAAAACAUACAUUUUCUGUCCUUGUGUGAGGGGAUGUGCCCACCUUUGAUUCAGUGACAAAACGUUAAAAACAAUAUUACUAGAGAACUAUGACAGUAGCAGCUUAAUCACUGGUUUAUGUUUACUGGCUUUACAGAUACAUUUGUGUUAAACUAGUUACUGCUGUGCUACACCAUGUUUUCAAGGCUUUAUUAAGUUAAACAACACCUGUUUUAAGGGUCAUUCGUGUAGGAUACGACACCCAACUCUGCUCUGUUCAGUUUAUCCCAGUCUAUGAUCUGUUUCAUGUCCUUUUUUGUUUCUUUUCUAGUUUCUCUUCUGUCUUGGUGACUCAAAUUGCUAUCUGCAUUAUGUUGAGCACUGAGUAAAACUCAACCUUUUAUCUGCUUUAUAUUGAGCGCUGAGUAAACCUCAAUAUCUUUAUUUGAAUUAUUUUGAGCAAUGAGUGAAACUCGACAUUUUAUCUGCUUUAUGUUGAGCAUUGAGUAAAACUCAACAUUUGUUUUUCGCAUUGUGUUGAGUACAGAAAAAACUCAAUAUUUGAUCUAGAUUAUGUUGAUCUCUGAGUACAAACUCAAUAUUUGAUCUACAUUGUGUUGAAUCUUAUAAUAUUGAUGGCAGUAAAUGACUAUUAGAGAUUUCUACAUUACCAGGCCAGUCAUUCGAGCAGGGCCCUGUAACCAUUGUUUUGUUUACGAGUCAGUUAUGCAACUUUAAAUAAAUGCGAAAGGAAUUUGGUUACAUGUUCUGAUAAUCACAUUAUUAAGUAUCAUAUAAACUUUUUAUUAAUGAUUUGCAAUAAAAUAUUUGUAUUUUAUAUUUUAUUUUGCUUAGUCUUACAGUAUCGAUAUGAAAUACUGUCAUUAGAAUGCAAGUUCAAUGUGUGUUUUUGAAAAUUGAUUAGGUUACAGGUGACAUACAGGUAAUUCAUGUAGCAAAACAAUAGGUUACUGGGGUAAAAACAAAAUAUGUGAAGAGUUUUGAAGAGAAUUCCCAGGAGAAACAAGCGAAACUGUGUUGUAUCAGCAUAUUUUGAAUCAGAGUUCAAUUAGCCAUCAAGGUCCAAAUCCAAAUGCAAACAAUUUUAUCAUGUUUGUAUCCGUUGAAGGUUCAGAUAUGUGUGUACCCUCCACCCUCACCCUCACCCUUACCCUCCCCAGACACAGCCUCUGACAUUCAUCAAUGACAGAGCCCAGGGCAGAAGUCUUUUAAGAAAGACGGGUGUUUUAUUUAUGAUAAAAAAUAUAUACAUCUCAUAAUUUAUAAGCAAUAUUUGUAGUUUAUUGGUAUGUCUGUAUCAUGAAACAGGAGAUUUAGAGGAACAAAUAUCAGGUGUUGUGUAGUGGGUGUGGAGGGGGUAACAGGAAAAUUGGUGUUUGGGGGAAAACAAACAUCAGUGUUUUGGUGAGGUUGGAAUAAAUGAGUUAGUGUGACAGGGAACAGAACGCUUGUUACUGGUCAUAUCUCUUGACAAAUAUAGCAAUGUUUGCUUUGCUUAAAUAGAAACCUGUCUGUGAAUUACAGAUUGUGUAUGCAACAAUGUCAACAGUGUUUAUUAAUAUGCAAGUGAGGUGGUGCAGACUUGUAAAUGUUUUCUCAAUGAUCAUUGAACUCUUGGUGGAUGGUCCAUUUCAUGUUUAACAGAGUAUUUCUAGUUAGAUAUUAUUUCACUUUCUGAUGACUGGAAAGCUUGUAUUUAAUUUUGAAUGUGUAUAUUAUGUCUGCCAUGUGUUGCCAUGGUGACUGGAAAACAUGUAUUAACUUAAUACUAUGUAUAAUGUAUUCUAGUGGUGUUGGUUUCCGUGGUGACAGAAUCGUGUAUUUGAAAGAUAAAACCUGCUGGUCAGGUUGUCCUGAAUAGUUGCUGUUUUUAACAGUGUCUAUGUGAUAUGUAUGUGUGUAAUAUAUCAAAUAUGUCACCUGUAUUUGUAAUGUAUCAUGUAUGUAAUAUAUCAUUUAUGUCAUAUUUCUAAUAUAUUAUGUUGCAUUCAUGUCUGUAAAAUACCAUGUAUGUGUAAUAUAUUAUAUAUGUCACAUGUAUGUGUGUGUAUAACAUAUAUGUUGCAGUUUGUGUGUAAUAUAUCAUGUAUGUCAGAUGUAUGUCUAAUAUUUCAUCUGAUAUGUGUAAUAUAUCAUGUAUUUCACAUGUAUAUAUGUAAUAUAUCAUGUAUGUCACUUGUAUAUGUGUAAUAUAUCAUGCAUGUUACAUGUAUAUG